AUGGAUAUCGAUGACUCUGGUAUCUGUCCUGUAACCGACGAAAAAAAGGCAAUACGGGCACUCGGUUCCCCAUGGCGGCGACUGGUGCCACGACUCGCACUGUUCAUUCUUAUCGGACUGUUGUCGCUCCUACUAUCGCUGACACUGGCACGACAAGUGUUAGGCAUCGAAUUGCCACAUACCCUCGAAGAUAUCCAGACGAUUGCAGUUCACUUGGAAGCCAUGGCAGCUGCCACCUGGUCCGACUACUUUGCAGUGGCCGGGGUUUUUGCAGCACUGUACCUGUGGCAGCAAGCAUUUUCGAUCCCCGGCUCUGUCUUGUUCAAUUUGUUGGCCGGCCACUUGUAUGGCAUUACUGCUGCGACUCUGUGGACCAGUUUUCUAACGGCUUUUGGUGCUACUUUGGCCUAUGGUCUGGCCAUGCUCGUUGCUGAACCGUUCCUGCAACUCAAUUGGAUCUCGCGUCGAGCAGCAUCCAUGACACGCCAAAUGAAACGCGACAAAUCUGUAGGCAUUUUCUGGUGGCUCUUGUUUGCACGUUUGUUUCCUUUUACCCCUUAUUGGUUCAUUAACAUGGUAUCACCGUUCUUGGGAAUCCCAGUGUCUCCGUUCUUCUGGUCAUGUUUUCUGGGCUCCAUGCCAUAUAACUUCAUUUGUGCCCAGGCCGGUGCCGUCCUUGGCGAACUGAGUUCGACGGCUGAUAUUGUGUCGGUGUCUUUGGUCCUUAAACUGCUCGGUGUAUCAUUUAUCUCCCUCGUUCCAGUAUUAUUCGGCAAGAAGUUGAAGCGCAUGAUGAAGCAAUAUAUUGGUGCAAAGGACAACGAUAUUGACGACGAUGUCGACGAAGACAGCAGUAAUGAUUAUGCUGAUGAUACUAGAUUACUUCGAGAUGAAAGACAAGAAGGGGAUGAUUUAGAAAAGGGCGACGCCAUGGAACUCAACAGUACGACAUUCAUCCAAAACGAGCAACAUCAUCAACAAUAG